AUGAGAGAACUCGUGCAGAAACAAUGGCAAGAGGAACGUGAAAUGGAUAUGAAGCUAGCUGAGAUAGUCGAGCAUCAAACAAGAGUGCGCAAUUUUUUACGGUUAGUGCAGCAUACCUUGCAAGAAAUAUAUGUGGUGGAAUAUCUGGUGAACACAAUAACUAUUUGCCUUUUAGUGUAUUUUAUGUUAGUGGAUUGGCAAAAUAGGAAUAUACCAACUUUAUGCACUUAUUGGUUAUGUAUUGUAAAUGUGACAACUCACAUGUUUCUAUUUUGCUACACUGGCGAACAACUUACUGGCCAGGCGGAAAAAGUAGCCAUUGCAUCCUGCGAGCUUGAAUGGUAUCGUCUUCCGGACAAAAAAGCGCGUAGCGUUGUAUUGCUGAUUAUUAUGUCUAACGCGCCGACCAAAAUCUCUGGAAAGUUCAUCGAUCUCUCGCUGAAAACAUUUGGUGAUUAUUAA